CAAACGCCUCUGAUUGCGGAGAUCAGACGAUGGCGGCCUCCAACACCAGCAAGAAGGGCGGCGGCGGCGACGGCGGCGGUGGCGGAGGCCCGGCGAUCGGCAUCGACCUCGGGACGACCUACUCGUGCGCGGCGGUGAGGCGGCACAACCGCAGCGAGGUCAUCACCAACGACCAGGGCAACCGCAUCACCCCCUCCUGCGUCGCCUUCACCGCCGACGACAGGUUCGUCGGCGACGCCGCCGAGAAUCAGGCCGCCCUCAACCCCACCAACACCAUCUUCGAAGCGAAGCGACUGAUUGGCCGCCGGUUCAGCAGCAAAUCUGUACAAGAGGACAUCAAGCUUUGGCCGUUCAAAGUCGUCGCUGGCCCUGACGACAGGCCGACGAUCGUGGUGCAGCAUGAGGGCAAGGAGAUGCAGUUUGUGCCCGAGGAGAUCUCCGCCAUGGUGCUCUCCAAGUUGAGGGACGCCGCCGUGGCCUACCUCGGCGAGCCGGUCACGGACGCCGUCAUCACCGUCCCCGUCUACUUCAACAACGCCCAGCGCGAGGCCACCCUCGACGCCGCCGCCAUCGCCGGCCUCAAUGUCAUGCGCAUCAUCAACGAGCCCUCCGCCGCCGCCAUCGCCUACGGCCUCGACAAGAUGCCGCCACCGCCGGCCAGCGGCGGCGGUGCAGCUGUGAGGACGGUGCUCAUCUUUGAUCUCGGUGGCGGAACCCUCGACGUCUCCCUCCUUAACAUUGGUCGUCCGGGCAACAACAGCAACAGCGGCGAUAAUGGCAGCAGCUUCGAGUUCGAGGUGAAGGCCGUCGCCGGCGACACUCACCUCGGCGGCGCCGACUUCGACAACGCGAUGGUGAACCACUGCAUCAACGAGUUCAUCCGGAAGCACGACGUGGCGGAAGAAGGCAUCAGGAGCAACCAGAAGGCGAUCCGGAGGCUGAGGUCGGCGUGCGAGAGAGCCAAGAGGUUGCUGUCCUUCACGGCGCAGACCAGCAUCGAGGUCGACUCGCUCCACGACGGCGUCGACUUCUGCGCCAAGAUGAGCCGGUCCCGGUUCGAGGAGCUCAACAAGGAGCUCUUCGGCAGGUGCGUCAAGGCCGUGGAGAAGUGCCUCGAGGACGCCAAGAUGGACAAGGGCGACGUGCACGACGUCGUGCUCGUGGGAGGCUCCAGCCGCAUCCCCAAGCUGCAGAGCAUGCUCCACGACUUCUUCCAGGAGAAGAAGCUCCGCCACAGCGUCAACCCCGACGAGGCCGUCGCGUACGGCGCCGCCAUCCAGGCCUCCAUCCUCAACGGCGACGCCGACGACGCCGACGACAAGAAGAAGGCGAUGAUCCUGCGCGACAUCACGCCCUUCUCGCUAGGUGUCGAGAUCUAUGAUGAAAAUGAUCAUACAAUGAGCGUCGUGAUCCCGAGGAACACCUUCAUUCCGGCCAAGAACACGCAGCGCUACACCACCCACCGCGACAUGCAGACCAGCGUGAGCAUCAAGGUGUUCGAGGGCGAGAGCGCGAGCACCAAGAACAACUACCUGCUCGGCGAGUUCGUUCUCUCCGGCAUCACCCCGGCGCCCGCCGGCGUAGCCCGUAUCGAUGAAACCUUAGAGAUUGAUGCCAACGGCGUCCUGCACGUGUCCGCGGAGGACAUGGGCACGGGGAGGAAGAACAGCAUCACCAUCACCAACCACAGUGGGCGGCUGAAGAAGGAGGACGUCGAGCGCAUGUCGCGGGAGGCCAGGAGCUACAACCGGAAGCGCAAGCGCACCAGAUCAUCGCUCCAGUAAGUGUAGUAAAAAAAUCAUGUCAUAUGUACUACCGUCUUGGUUUAAUUUUUGUUUGCAAAAUGCAUCCAUCCAUGCUUUGUGCUAAUUCUGUCACGGUAACUUUUGGUUUGGCAUGUAUGUACGUAUGCAUGUAUUUCUGCAGGAUAAAUUCUGGGAACCUGGUGAUCUUGGAG